GUUCGGCCAUGGCGCAGCCGAGGAAACCCGGACGGAUUCGGCUCGGAUGAAGGACGCGUUGCGCAUCGGAUAAAAACCGGAGAUUCCUGAACGUUCUCGCGUGAACUCCCACUUGGCUCGGGACGCGAGCCGCUAGUCCCUGCACCUCCCGUUGGGCACCACCCUGCCCAGAAUAGACUGCUGUCUCCCCAGCCCGUCGGUGUAGUUGUGUGCACCCGCAUUAUCCAGAGGGGCGGCGUAAACAGCGCCAGCAGCAGCCAUGAUGGAUGCGUCGGAGUGCGGCGUGAGGGUGAUGUGCCGCUUCAGGCCCCUGAACGAGGCCGAGAUCAACAGGGGAGACAAAUACAUCCCCAAAUUCAAAGAGGACGACACGGUGGUCAUAACGAGUAAACCCUACGUGUUCGACCGAGUGCUGCCUCCCAACACGUCCCAGGGACAAGUCUACGACCAGUGUGCCAAACAGAUCGUGAAAGAUGUGCUCGGUGGUUACAACGGCACCAUCUUCGCCUACGGACAGACGUCCUCCGGGAAGACGCACACCAUGGAGGGCAAACUGCACGACCACCAGCUGAUGGGGAUCAUCCCUCGCAUCGCCCAAGACAUCUUCGACCACAUCUACUCCAUGGACGAGAACCUCGAGUUUCACAUUAAGGUUUCCUAUUUUGAAAUCUACAUGGACAAGAUCAGAGACCUGCUGGAUGUGUCGAAGACGAACCUCGCUGUGCACGAAGACAAGAACAGAGUUCCCUAUGUGAAGGGUUGUACCGAGCGCUUCGUGUCCAGUCCGGAGGAGGUCAUGGAUGUCAUCGACGAGGGCAAAAACAAUCGGCACGUGGCAGUGACGAACAUGAACGAGCACAGCUCCCGCAGCCACAGCAUCUUCCUCAUCAACAUCAAGCAGGAGAACAUAGAGACGGAGAAGAAGCUGUCGGGGAAGCUCUACCUGGUGGACCUGGCGGGCAGCGAGAAGGUCAGCAAGACGGGAGCGGAGGGCGCCGUGUUGGACGAGGCCAAGAACAUCAACAAGUCCCUGUCGGCGCUGGGGAACGUCAUCUCUGCUCUCGCCGAGGGAACGAAAUCCCACGUGCCGUACAGAGACAGCAAGAUGACCCGGAUCCUGCAGGACUCUCUGGGGGGGAACUGUCGCACCACCAUCAUCAUCUGCUGCUCGCCGUCCGUCUACAACGAGUCCGAGACCAAGUCCACUCUCAUGUUCGGACAGAGAGCCAAGACCAUCAAGAACACCGUGUCCGUGAACCUGGAGCUGACGGCCGAAGAGUGGAAGAAGAAGUACGAGAAGCAGAAGGAGAAGAACAAGAGCCUGAAAACCAUCAUCCAGAGGCUGGAGGCGGAGCUUAACCGCUGGAGGAACGGGGAGAACGUCCCCGAGGAGGAGCAGCUGAGCUCUAAGGAGCAGAAGAGCGUCGAGCCGUGCGACAACACGCCCGUCAUCGACAACCUGCUGCCGCCCGGAGGAGGCGUGUCGGUCUCCGGCAGCGAGAGGAGCAAAUACGAGGAGGACAUCAGCAACCUCUACAAGCAGCUGGACGACAAGGAUGAUGAGAUCAACCAACACAGUCAACUGGCUGAGAAACUCAAGGAGCAGAUGAUGGACCAGGAAGAACUGCUGGCGUCGACGAGACGCGACUACGAGAAGAUCCAGGAGGAGCUGUGUCGGCUGCAGGCGGAGAACGAGCUGGCCAAGGAGGAGGUGAAGGAGGUGCUGCAGGCCCUGGAGGAGCUGGCCGUCAACUACGACCAGAAGAGCCAAGAGGUGGAGGAGAGGGAUCACUCCAACCUGCAGCUGAUCGAGGAGCUGCAGCACAAGACGGCGUUGCUGUCGGCGGUGCAGAGGGAGCUGACUCAGCUGCAGGAGCUGAACGGCCUUCAGAGGAAGAGAGCGGCCGAGGUCCUCAACCUGCUGCUGCGUGACCUCAGCGACAUCGGCGCCAUCAUCGGCACCAGCGACGUGAAGAUCGCCGCGCCCUCAGAGACCAAGGGGAACGGCUCGGCGGUGGAGGAGGAGUUCACCGUGGCUCGCCUCUACAUCAGCAAGAUGAAGUCAGAGGUCAAGUCCCUGGUGAACCGCAGCAAGCAGCUGGAGAGCGCGCAGGCCGACGCCCACCGCAAGAUCCAGGCCAAUGAGAAGGAGCUGGCGUCCUGCCAGCUUCUCAUCUCCCAGCACCAGGCCAAGAUCAAGUCUCUGACGGACUACAUGCAGAACAUGGAGCAGAAGAAGAGGCAGCUGGAGGAGAGUCAGGACGCUUUGACCGAGGAGCUCACCAAACUGCAGACCCAGGAGAAAAGACACGAGGUGUCAGGGGAGGAGAAGGAGAAGGAGGACGUCAGCAGACCGGAUGGAGACGAGGACAUCAAGAAGACUCUGGAGGAGCAGCUGGAGAGCCACAGGGAGGCUCACCAGAAGCAGCUCAGCCGCCUCCGAGACGAGAUCGAAGACAAGCAGAGGAUGCAGGACGAGCUCACAGAUCUGAACCAGGGUCUGUUGUUGGAGCAGGAGAGGCUCAUGUCGGACUACGACAAGCUGAAGGCCGAAGAGCAGGAGAAGGACGCGAAGCUCCAGAAGCUCAUACUGCUGACUGAGCAGAGCGAGCAGGCCAGAGAGGACUUGAAGGGCUUGGAGGAGACCGUGGCCAAAGAGCUGCAGACUCUGCACAACCUGCGCAAACUCUUCGUUCAGGAUCUCACCACGCGGGUCAAGAAGAGUGCAGAGCUGGACUGUGAGGAGGGACUUGGAAAUGUGGCUCAGAAACAGAAGAUCUCCUUCCUGGAGAACAACCUGGAACAGCUCACCAAGGUCCACAAGCAGCUGGUGCGAGACAACGCAGACCUUCGCUGCGAGCUGCCCAAGCUGGAGAAGCGUCUGAGGGCCACGGCCGAGCGGGUCAAAGCCCUGGAGAACGCCCUGAAGGAGGCCAAGGAGAAUGCCAUGAGAGACCGCAAGCGCUACCAGCAGGAAGUGGACCGCAUCAAGGAGGCCGUCCGGGCCAAGAACAUGGCCAGGAGGGGGUUCUCCGCACAGAUCGCGAAGCCCAUCCGACCAGGCCACCAUCCACUGUCAUCCCCCAUCAGCAGCUCCAUCAGAGGCGGAGGCGUCUACGCCCACCACUGAUUAACCCUGAGAACAGACCAUAAAUACCUGAAGCAUGCCCCAUCGUCCCAUCCUGGAACCACAAGCCCCGCCCCUCCCGUUGGAGCACCAAUGGGUGGCCAUCACCACAGACUGUCAUCCAUAGUGUGUAUAUACUAUAUGGUGUAAACAUAUUUAAUUUGCUGAAUGUAGAUAUCAGAGGCCUCGUUUAGAUUUGCUUUUCAGGAAGAAGAAAAAAACAAAAAAACAUUUUCUGUGAUUCUCCUGCUUUCAUUUGUAUUCAUGUUGAUGCAUCCUGUUGCGUAAUUAAUUCAGUUUAUUUAUUAUUAAUUACACGUACGAUCUAUAAAUGAGGCCCUGAAGGAGACAGAAAGGAGAAGCUUUCCAAACGCUUGGGGAGCAGGAAGAGGAUUACUAAUUCAUCUUAAACCAGCAUUCAUUCAUUUAAAGAAAAAAAGGAAAAGUGGGGAUCGUGAGACUCGGACGAGAAGAUUAAUACCAAUCGAUAUAAAUCCUCUCAUCUGACUCACUAUGUCCCAAAAUGUCAAAUGUUCCUUUAAGAACGACUGUACCUGUCGACGUCAGUGCAGCGAAGGCCGUGGAGGUUCUCACCUUGAUGAAGUCGAAGGUCACAAACACACAAUAACUCCUCUAAUGUUUUAUCGUUGGACCUUUUUUAGUCGUUUCUUUGACAUUUUCCCUCUUUCGUCUCCCAAAAAUCAUGAAAAAAAGCAAACACUGCGAAGCUUAAAUAUAAAGUAUGUGUUGCUGAGAUUCAGAAUUAAACUGUUCAAUGACUGUCAACUUCCCAAAUUCAUAAUUUACAAUUAUUCCUUAGCUCUUUUAGUUGUGAGUGACUAUCUGCAAGUCCUGCCGGGACACUGACCAGCCAAUCAGACGUCCCCCCCCAGGACUCAGACCAGGUUCAUGUCAUCACAGAAGACCUCUUCCGGUCGGGUAGUCUGUAAAGCUCCUGAUCAGCCAAUCAGAGAGCUUCAAUGAAUCUCCCCCCCAACAAUCUGCCACACCUUGUGCCUUUAGACACACCUGAACUCACGUAUUAUUCUUCUCAACAGGUAAACGCAGAACAACGUCCACUCCCUAAAAUAAAGCAAAAGAUUGUAGUCGAUGAAUCAAAAGGUUAAUAUCAGACGUCCGCGCUGCCGGUUUCGCAUGUUUUUUUAGUUGCAGAGAGCGAGGAUGCGUUGGGCAACUUUCUAGGCAACGGUUAUUAGUCCCGGUUGCCAGAGAGCUGCGGUCACACAGGUGAAUAUGAAAUAUGAAUGUAAUGCAUGGAGCGUGUGUUGAAGGCAUGCUCAGGGAGGACGGACGGAGGCCAUUUGUAAACAUUCGCCUCAUAACGAUGUCAUUUGAGUUUGCAAAAAAUGCUUUUUCGGUUUGUUUGUUUUGGGCUGUUGCGUCAUAUCUCUGAAUAUACCUGCAAUUAAAGCUUCAAUAUAAAUG